GGGCGGGAGCGCCUGCGAGUAGCGCUCUGGAGACUGUCUGGAAGGAGAGACGCGAGAGACGCGGCGUGGGGAAAGGGCAGGAGCGCGUCGUCUGAGUGCCGCUGCGUGCAACGGAUCUUUGAUUUCUAGUUGAAUUUGCUACCACUUCAAUCAAGAUGCCACCAGCAAUUGGAGGCCCCGUGGGAUACACGCCACCAGAAGGAGGGUGGGGCUGGGCAGUAGUUGUUGGUGCCUUUAUCUCUAUAGGCUUUUCCUAUGCAUUCCCAAAAUCCAUCACGGUAUUCUUUAAAGAGAUAGAAAUCAUCUUCGAAGCAUCUAGCAGCAAAGUGUCCUGGAUCUCUUCCAUUAUGUUGGCAGUUAUGUAUGCAGGAGGUCCCAUCAGCAGUAUCCUGGUGAACAAGUAUGGCAGCCGGCCAGUCAUGAUGGCAGGCGGCUGCCUUUCAGGGUGUGGCUUGAUUGCUGCCUCUUUCUGUAACACAGUGGAAGAGCUUUACUUUUGUGUUGGGGUUAUAGGAGGCCUUGGACUUGCAUUUAAUUUAAACCCAGCCCUGACCAUGAUUGGCAAGUACUUCUACAAGAAGCGCCCGUUGGCUAAUGGACUGGCUAUGGCAGGCAGUCCUGUGUUCUUGUCCACACUGGCUCCCCUGAACCAGUAUUUCUAUAGCAUUUUUGGAUGGAGAGGAAGCUUCUUAAUCCUCGGGGGCCUCUUGCUGAACUGUUGUGUUGCUGGGUCUCUGAUGAGACCGAUAGGUCCCAAACCGGAGCCGCCAAAGAAAGAAGUUAAGGAAGUGUUGCAGGAGGCUGGCAAAGCAGGGGCAAAAGAAGAUGGUGCAGGAGAUGUCAGCGCAGACCUUAUUGCUGGGAAGUCUAAAAAGCAGAAAAGCACAGUUUUGGGGACUGUUAACAAGUUUUUGGAUUUGUCUCUCUUCACGCACCGUGGCUUCUUGCUCUACCUGUUUGGCAAUGUGGUCAUGUUUUUUGGACUCUUUACUCCAUUAGUCUUUCUCAGUAAUUAUGGGAAGAGUAUGCAUUUCUCUAAAGAAUCUGCUGCCUUUUUGCUCUCCAUUCUAGCCUUUGUAGAUAUGGUUGCCAGGCCAUCCAUGGGCUUGGUAGCAAACACCAAGUGGGUGAGGCCCAGGAUCCAGUACUUCUUUGCUGUGUCUGUAGUUUAUAAUGGAGUCUGCCACCUUUUGGCCCCUAUAUCCACCACCUAUGCCGGCUUUUGCAUCUAUGCUGGGUUUUUUGGAUUUGCCUUUGGCUGGCUCAGCUCUGUCUUGUUUGAAACACUGAUGGAUCUAGUUGGAGCGCAACGGUUCUCCAGUGCUGUUGGUUUGGUGACUAUUGUGGAAUGCUGCCCUGUUCUUUUGGGACCCCCUCUCCUAGGUAAACUCAAUGAUAUGUAUGGUGACUACAAAUACACCUACUGGGCGUGUGGCAUCAUCUUGAUUGUCUCUGGGAUCUUCCUGUUUAUUGGAAUGGGCAUCAAUUACCGGAUGCUGGCAAAAGAGCAGAAGGCUGAGGACAAGCAGAGGGCUGAAGCGAAAGAAGAAGAAACCAACAUUGAUGAGGCUGAAAAACAAAAAGAACCCAGUAAUGAUGUGGCCAGUCUGCCUCAGAAAAGCACAGAAGAUAGUGUGAAAGAGGAGGAUAGCCACAUGUGAGAGAGACUGGUAUCUUAAAUCCAGGAGGGCAUGAUGAAAGAUUAUCAAUAUGAUAUGUUGUGCUUGGGUGUGGGGAGCACUGUUGGUAGUGAACAGUGGGGAGACGUUUAUAAAUCAGGUGAUUUUUUUAAAACUGCAAAUUGUCUUUUUAUCAGCAUUUGACAGUAGCAGAGCUCAAUGGGCAGUGCCAUCUUUUUAUUGGGUAUUGGGUGGGGAGGGAGGGAAAUUUUUAUACUCUGGCUUUUUUAACAGUAAUGUGAAUGUACUAAUAUGUGCCUUAGAGCUUCCACAUUUAGGCUGUUCUGCUGGAAAAGCCUUACCUUAGUUCUACAAACUGUUCCACUUAGAAUUUUGUAGUCUGCUUAGGCUAUAUCUGUAAAGGAUAUCUUGACUACUUUUUAUGCAGUAGGUUUCAAGGUUGGGUGUUAAAUAAACACUACUUCACAUGCUUCUAAAUUCUGUUACGGCCAGACUUGGUAGAAGUAUAAAUAGCUUUGGAGCAUAGGUGAUGAAAAGGUUGGUGGAGUUUUAAUCAAUAUUAUUGCAGUCCUGCUGUUUCUAGAUUCCAGGUACAUGCCAGCUUGAUUGUGUUUCUAACAGUUUUUGAAAACUUUUCUCAUUGUUGUGAGUUGUUUUGUUUUGUUAAAGUCCCUUCUUGGUUAAAUGUGAGUUCUCGCCAUUUGAAUAAAAUAUGCAAAGAGACAUUU